CGUGACGCAAAAACGAAGAUGGCGUGUUGUGGAAGCUGUUUGUGUUGCCAAUGUUGCUGCAGAGAAGGGGAGACACGGACGCCCGAGGAACUGACAAUUCUUGGGGAAAUCCAAGGUGACGAAGAUGAGAUUCUCCCCAGGAAAGAUUACGAGAGCUUGGAUUAUGACCGCUGCAUCAAUGAGCCCUAUGUGGAGAUUCUGGAGGGGAUGGACAACCAGAAAGCCAAAAAGUAUGAAGCAGUACGUUGGAUAAUGAUGUUCGCCAUCGGAGUCACCGUGGGUCUGGUGGGCCUGUUUGUGGAUUUCUUUGUGCGCCUCUUCAGCAAAAUCAAAUUCACUGUGGUUGGUGAUUCUGUAGAGAGGUGCACGGACAAAGGCUGUCUCCCUCUGUCUCUGCUGGAGCUCCUGGGGUUCAACAUGACCUUCGUCUUCAUCGCCAGUGUGCUCGUCCUCAUUGAGCCAGUAGCUGCCGGCUCGGGGAUCCCUGAAAUCAAGAGUUACUUGAACGGAGUGAAGAUGCCAGGAAUUGUCCGGCUGAGAACUUUUCUCUGCAAAGCUGCUGGAGUCCUGUUCAGUGUGGCUGGAGGUCUGUUUGUGGGGAAAGAAGGUCCGAUGAUACACAGCGGAGCCAUUGUGGGAGCCGGCCUUCCUCAGUUUCAGAGCAUCACCUUCAAGAAGAUCAAAUUAGAUUUUCCCUACUUCCGCAGCGACAGGGACAAGCGGGACUUUGUGUCAGCGGGUGCUGCUGCUGGAGUCGCCGCUGCCUUUGGCGCUCCUAUAGGCGGGACGCUCUUCAGUCUGGAGGAGGGCUCCUCUUUCUGGAACCAGGCCCUCACUUGGAAAGUGCUCUUCUGUUCCAUGUCGGCCACCUUCACCCUCAACUUCUUCCGCUCUGGGAUUAACUUUAACAAGUGGGGCUCCUUCCAGCUGCCUGGUCUGCUCAACUUUGGAGAGUUCAAAUGUUCAGAUGGAGACAAGAACUGCCACCUGUGGACAGCUGUGGACCUGGCCUUCUUUGUCCUGAUGGGGGUCGUGGGGGGGCUGCUGGGGGCGCUCUUCAACUGCUUGAACAAGUACCUGUCCAAGUAUCGCAUCAAGCACAUCCACCCCAAGGCCAAGUUCAUCAGAGUUCUCGAAAGUCUGCUGGUUAGCAUGGUGACGACCGUGGUGAUAUUUGCGGCGUCCAUUCUGUUGGGCGAAUGCCGUGACUUUUCCUCCCCCGCGGCCCAUAACACCACACUGUCCGGCGGUGAGGACAUCAACUCAACCAUUCGACAGUUCUUUUGCACCAACGAGACGUACAACGACAUGGCUACCUUGUUCUUCAACCCACAGGAGGCCGCCAUCCACCAGCUCUUCCACCAGGAGGGUACCUUCAGCCCUGUGACUUUGUCGGUCUUCUUCCUGCUGUACUUCCUGUUGGCCUGUUGGACCUACGGCGUGUCUGUACCCAGCGGCCUCUUUGUCCCCUCCCUGCUCUGUGGGGCGGCUUUUGGGCGUCUGGUUGCCAACAUCCUCAAAGUGAAACUGGGAUUGGACAUCUACUCGGGGACCUUUGCUCUCAUUGGAGCUGCUGCCUUCCUCGGAGGCGUAGUCAGAAUGACCAUCAGUCUGACUGUCAUCCUCAUUGAAUCCACCAAUGAAAUCACAUACGGGUUGCCCAUCAUGAUCACUCUAAUGGUUGCCAAGUGGACUGGAGACUUCUUCAACAAGGGCAUCUAUGACAUCCACAUCCAGCUCAGAGGAGUGCCGCUGCUGGAGUGGGAGACUGAGGUUGAAAUGGACAGGCUGACAGCCAGUGACAUCAUGGAGCCAAACCUGACCUAUGUGUACCCCCACACCCGGGUCCAGUCUCUGGUCAGCAUCCUGCGAACUACUGUUUAUAACGCCUUCCCUGUGGUCACUGAAAACCGGCAGAACGAACGGGACUUCAUGAAGGGAAACAUCCUGGUCAGCAACAAUAUCCGCUUCAAGAAGUCCAGUGUUGUGUCUCGUGCGGGGGAACAGCGGCGCCGCUGCCAGUCCAUGAAGUCGUACCCGUCCAGCGAGCUGAGGAACGUCUGUGACGAACACAACGUGGCGGUGGAGCCGGCAGAGGAGGGAGAGGACCUGCUGCAGCAGAUGUUGGAGAGGAGACACGCUCCUUACCCCAACCUGAACCCAGACCAGUCUCCCAGUGAGGAGUGGACGAUGGAGGAGCGCUUCCGACCACUCACCUUCCACGGCCUCAUCCUGCGCUCCCAGCUGGUCAACCUGCUCAUCAGGGGGGUCUGCUAUGCUGAAAACCAGUCGAGUGCCACUCAGCCCAGGUUGUCGUAUGCAGAGAUGACUGAAGAUUACCCGCGGUACCCUGAUAUCCAUGACCUCGAUCUGGCCCUGCUCAACCCCCGCAUGAUAGUGGAUGUCGCCCCCUACAUGAACCCAUGUCCUUACACAGUGUCGCCCAACACCCACAUCUCCCAGGUGUUCAACCUGUUCAGGACCAUGGGGCUGCGACACCUCCCCGUGGUUAACGCUGUAGGAGAAAUUGUUGGAAUAAUCACAAGACAUAAUUUAACCCACGAGGUCCUUGUGGCCAAACUGCACCAGCACAGCAUCACUAUCUGACCCGACUGGACAAUCUGCCGUCCUUCCAACUCAGACUGCCUGGCCCCGGUUGGUCCCGGUUGGUCCCGGUUCUGGUCCCGGUCCUGAGCCUUUGUCUUUGUUCAUUUGUCUGUGUUACAAUGGAAUCACAGUUUCUCCUGUCACUGAAACCCAUUAUAUUUCACUCAAGUCAUUUUCAGUGUGUAGGAACCCCACAGGUACCCGCAAGCAAUCCAUGUGAUAAUUCCUCAUCACUUUCUUUGAGUGGCUCUCCUCUGACACACCAUCAGACGAUCUGAUAGCAUUCAGCAUUAAGACAUAAGCCACAUCAGCAGUUCUUUGGCUGACCACAGUGUUAUCAUCAUGCUCCUCCGACAUGAGUCCUCCACCCUGAAAACUACUUUAGUUUUUAUUAAUAUUUACUGAUUACAGAAUAUUUCUUUAAAAAAAUCAGUGGGGCUUGCUGGCAGCAACACACUUUGCUUUUUUGAUGGUGACUACAUUCGUCAAAUAUAUUUAACAACACUGGAGAGAUAUGUUGAGGUAAUGACCUCAACAUAUGUCUCAAGUGAUCGAUGGAUCACUGUUUCUGCUGGUUGGAGACACAAUGGACUAAUCUGCUUUGCAGGCAGACCUCGGAGUAAAGAGGUCAUAGCCCCAAAUAGCUUGCUAGCAUUCUAACACAGUUUAUUUUGCAUUGAAUUCAACCGUUUAAUAAUGCUUGCGUUAAAUAAUGUUUGCAGGAAACAUCACGUGCAAAUGAUUCCUUGCUGGAUGUCCUUUUAUCAUGCUUUAUUGUCAUUACCACUGUAGCACUUUUACUUUUAAUUGUUGUCUAUACAUUUUUAAUUACUGUGUAAGAACCUGGAAUAUAUGCACUAAAGCAGGCCGACGUCCCUUCAGCCUGCGACUGCCUGGACCUCUGAGAGGAGUUUGCUUUGUGAGUGUUUCAGCCUUUGCACAUAGAUGGUAACGUGGAACCACUCUAACCACCUUAAAUACAAUGCAGUGGUUUGCGCUCGUGACACAUGGUAAUGUUUUCUUUGUCACUCACUCAGAUCAACAAGGUUUGGUUUUGUAUCAGGGCAUUCCCCGUCGUAGUAGAACUCUUGUGUUGAAUAUAGGACGUUAGUUCUCGUCCUUUAGACUGGUGCAUUGUUUCAUUUGUUUAAAGGGGACUAAAUGGGACUAAAUGGGACUGGGUGGAAUGGACAAGCCACUUCACGUCAGGUUGAUGGAUUAUUGGUGACUACAUGUUUAUACAUCAAAUAUUCUUUAUCUGUUUCUUUCUCUGCUUUGUUUUAUUUAAGAGAUUAUUUUUUUAAGAUAAUAAGAUUUUAUGUUCAUGAUUUGCUGCCUGUGCUGUGAAGGAUUUGUUAUAUAAUUGGAUUUCUAAAUGGACCAAUGCUGUGUUGAAUAAUAUUGUUUCUAGUCUAGGAAUUGCCCUGUUAUUUGAAAAGGGUUGUUUUUAUGUUGCGCAUACUAAAUACUACAUCUAACAUGGCAAGUGGCGAGCAGAAUACGAGAUUAAGAGAAUCUGUGGACAGUCAAAAUCCUUCUGUGAAGCCAGACCCAAGAGACUGUUUGCCAAACACUUUGUUGAAUAUGACUUCUGUUGAGAUAUUAGACAGCGCCCUGUGCUUGUUUGUGAAUUUGAACUAGCACAUAGCAAACAAAGGCUGCAACCGUGGAACAAAAAGCAGAGAGACCUCUGGCUUGUGCCUUUUUUUAUUGUUCAAAUAAAGCUCUUUCUGUUCUAAA